GGCGGACAGCGUCUACCAUCACGAUCAGUAAUAUUAUUCGUUUCGUUUCUCAGGCCAACAGCAACGUAACGUCGAAGGCGCAGUCAAUAACGUCCUUCAGUCUCUUUCUUUCUUUACCACCAUACGAUGCGUUGCUCUCAUCCGGAGCACGCUCGCACAUUCCUUUGCACCACACUCCUGUUCGUACUCUCAUUCACCGCCACUCUCGCAGAGUCAGCCAAUGUUCAUGGUCACCGGGCUCAUCAUGCCUGGCGCAGACGAGCACCUCUUGAUGUAAUUCCAAGACAGCAGGUCCCAACAACAAUAACCACCUCGAGCUUGUUGCCUAGUAUUGCCGGCGUCCUGACGUCCGUUUUAACUACUGCGGCUACCCCGACCACACCCUCGGUGGUGCUACCUACUCCACAAUCACCAUCUACGCUUCCUACUCUUUCUCUACCAAGUCCACCAACAAAUCCAUUGAUGACAACCUCUAGUUCCUCCAGCUCUACUUCUCCAUCUGCCCCUACAUCUACCAGUACCACCAGUACCACUGUUGGCACCACAAGCAAUGGGACUCCGGUUUCACAAUCUACCUCUUCCUCUUCCUCUUCUCAGUCUUCCUCCAGUUCUCAACCUUCCUCUUCUGCCAAACCUUCCACGUCUACAGGUGCUGCAGCUGUCGUUGCUACAACGCCAGCUGCACAGACGUUAGGACUCACAUCAGAAUAUUCCGGCGCAGGCGCAGUUACCGGCUACGCAACUGGAACGACGACUUCAUCUACUCCUUCGAGCACGUCCUCUUCCAACUCUGACUCUGGGUUCUUCUCAAACACAGGAGCAGUUGCUGGAACAUUUACCGUUGCUGGCCUGCUUGGAGUUGCUGGAGUUAUUGGAGCUGGCAUGAUGAUUGCAAGACGCCGCGCCUCUCGCUCAUAUGAAGAUGACAUGGAGUACCUGGAAAAGAAGCCAGAGCCUUCUGUACACUCUCAGAGUCAGAAUUUCGUUGUCGGAGAAGCCGAGGAAUCAUUAGACUCGGAUAACUUCGACAACUCGAUGGAAGUUACCGUCCCGCCUGCCGCUCACUUUUAUACCCAGCAGGACGCAUACCAUGCUCAUGGGCAGGCAGUCAACAGUAUCGAAGGUUAUGAAAACCAAGGCUACCAUCCACAGGAGGCAUACCAUGCUCAUGGGCAGGCAGUUAACAGUAGCGAAGGUUUUGAAAACCAAGGCUACUAUCCACAGGAGGCUUAUGCUCCCCAUGAGUAUGGUAUAGCAUACCCCCCGACGGAACCUCAUGCGGCAGAGGAUCCUUAUGGAGGGAUCGAUGAAGCAUAUGCAGGGAUGCCAAACCCGUUUGACGAUGCUGGAUCAGAGUUACCAGCUGCCUUGCGACCAUAUGUUCAGCGAUCUCUAACGGUCAAUUCUCCUCCCACUGCGUAUCGCUCUCCGGAUCUCCACCACUCCAUCGAUUCUUUCUACGGUUCCUCUACGGGCGCUUCGCACGGACACGCCAUGUGAAAAUCAUACCAAACAUUCCAUACAUACUUGAUGCGUGCAUUGUGAUAUUCUUCAUGUUGUCGUCCAAAAUCACAGUGCACGUUUGAUUCGUAUUUCAUUAUUUUAUUUAUGUACACACUUGCAGUUACACGUAUACCUUGGGUUUCAGUUGGUCUGGUGUUAGACGAUUGCACUGUACGUUACACGAGCCAUUCAAACCCUUUUUUUGGGACGCGGAUUUGAUUGACUCCCUUUGUCGAAUGAUAUUGAGGUCUUGACACUGGAGGUCAAUUUUACGGUGUCAAUAUUCAAUAUUUCCUAAGACCUGCCUUAAUUAAAUUAACUAACCUAAAUAUCUUCAAAGAGUUC